AUGCAAGGAGUUGACAAUGUGUCAAAUAAUUGUCCUCCACCACCAACAACAACAGCACCACCUAAUGUACCUUCUGAACCCCCUUCUAACCUUCCACCUACUUGCCAAAGGAAAAGAAGACUUAAUGCUAAUGGUAAUCGGAAGAGGUCCGAGGUUUGGGAUCACUUUAACCCUAUUCCUAAUAGUGACCCACCAACUGCGGCAUGUAAGUAUUGCCAUCAAAAGUACAUGUGUGACUCUAAGAAACAUGGAACAUCAAACUUAAAGAGUCACAUGAAAACAUGUCCCAAAUAUCCCUUGAACUUAUCUACUGACCCUACCCAAACCGUCUUGUCAUAUUCAACAACUGAAGGAAGUGUGUUGGUUCCGAUUAGUUCUAGGUUUAGUCCAGUAGCUUGCAGAAAUGGGCUGGCCAUUUUUAUCAUCUUGGAUGAGAAACCGUUCAGUACUGUUGAAGGGGAGGGGUUUAAGUAUUUUUGUAGUCAAAUGCAACCCCAAUUUUCUAUACCGUCAAGGAGAACCAUAGCUAGGGAUUGUUUUCAGCUAUAUCUUGAUGAGAAAGUGAGGUUGAGAGCUUUCUUUAAGUCUGAUUGUAGCAGGGUGGCUAUCACGACAGAUUGUUGGACAUCUGUCCAGAAUCUAAACUACUUGACCAUCACCGCCCAUUUUAUCGAUAGGGAAUGGAAUUACCAAAAAAGGAUAAUUAGCUUUACGGACAUCGAAAAUCACCGCGGUAAAACUGUUGGGAAGAAGGUUGAGGAUGUAUUGAAAGAAUGGGGGUUGAGAAAUGUUUCUACCAUCACGGUAGAUAAUGCUGCCUCCAAUGAUGUUGCUGUUAGAUAUUUAGAACAAAAAAUACGAAACAUGAAUGGACUAUUAAUGGAUGGGUUUGGAUUUCACAUGAGGUGUUGUGCUCAUGUCUUGAAUUUGGUUGUGAGAGAUGGAUUACAAGUAGCCAACACCUCAAUUUCAAGUGUUAGAAAUGCAAUUAGAUUUGUUAGAUCUUCACCCCAUAGGGCCUUAAAGUUUAAGGAAUGUGUGGAAUAUGCUGGGAUUGAAUGCAAAAAAUCAGUAUGUCUCGAUGUUUCAACAAGAUGGAACUCGACAUAUUUGAUGCUAGAUGGGGCUGAAAAGUUUCAAACUGCUUUUGAUAAGUUGGAAAAUGAGGAUGAAUCCUAUAGGGAUUUCUUUGAGUUUGAAUCUCCCCCUAGUAUUGAAGACUGGGAUAAUGUUAGGGUUUUCAUUAAGUUUUUGAAGCAAUAUUAUGAUGCCACGAAGGUUUUUUCUGUUUCAACAAAAGCAAGUUUGCAUACAGCUUUUCCUUACUUGGCUGGAAUAUACGUUGAGUUGAAGAACUUAAACAUGAACCUUAAUGGGUUGUUUGCGCAGGUUGCUAGGGACAUGUUAGAAAAGUAUAGUAAAUAUUGGAUUGAUAUCACUAAGAUGAACCAACUCCUUUAUUUUGGUGUUAUCUUUGAUCCCCGAUAUAAGUUAAGAUUUGUGGAAUGGUGUUUUAAUGAUAUGUAUGGAAAAGAUUCAGACACUAAGAAAUCCCUAUUAAAAGAUAUCAAUGCCAAUCUUUCAAAGAUGUUUAAUCUUUAUGUCCAACAAUAUGACACUACUGUGGACUCAAAUCCAUCUGUUGCAGCGGCUGUUUCUCAAGGCGAAACAGCUGCCAGCAAUGAAAUACCCACACAUGUAGCUAGGGAAAAUGCUUUUCAAGAACAUUUGAUGUCCAUCGACUCAGUAGAAGAAGAAACCGAACUUCAGAGCUAUAUAGAAGGAAAAUGCCUAACUUUUAGUGAAAAGGAUAAAGAUAAGUUUGACCUUCUUUGUUGGUGGAAACAUAAUGCUGCCCAGUACCCAAUUCUGUCCCAAAUUGUUAGAGACAUUAUGCCUACGCCAGUUUCAACAGUGGCUUCUGAGAGUGCUUUUAGCACGGGUGGGAGGGUUUUAGAAGUAUAUAGAAGCUCCCUCAAACCAGAAAUGGCAGAGGCUCUAAUUUGUGCUCAGAAUUGGUUGAGGCCUUCUUUUUACCAAUUCAAAGACUUGGAAUUCAAUGAGGAGUAUGAGAUUUCUGAAGAUGUUUUACAAGGAUUUACCGAGACUUCAGUCGGAAGUGAAGCACCAUCAUCAUCUCAGACUCAGUCACAGCCUUUUGGCUUUCUUGUAGAUGGAUCUUUAGAGUGGAAGAACCAUACUGUUUAUAUUGGUGACUCCAUCAAUUUUGUUUAUGAUAAUCCAAGUGUUCUAAUUAGUUUGUGUAUUUGA